AUGGACGACUUAUCAAUCAUCAUCGCCAGCCCGGCAGAUACCAUCGAUUUCAGCAGCGAUCCCGACUCUCUGUCGCUGCUCGACCCACUGUCUGCCAACCUCUCCUCCAACGACCGCGCGGCCAUGCUCGCCCAGAUGUCGUCGUUUACACCUGUGAACGAAGACAGACCGGCGAGCGCAACGCCUACCGCUGGGUACUGCGUCAUCGCAUGA